CUAAACUACUACAUAGAGAACAAGAUAAGAAAGCGGGGAUCAACGGCCUGAACACACUUCGUUCCUCAUAUGGCUUACUGUGCAUCAACUCAGUCUCUCUUCAACCUCAAGCUCUCACCCUCACACCGAUCAAAGCCAUCACAGGCUCUAAUCUCUUACACUAAUCUAAGAACACUGACACACCCAUCUUCUUCAACAAAUAUCACUCGUUUCAAGGCCAGUUUUUCCAUAUUUCCAAAACUUCCUGUGCUCUCUGCUCGUAGACGCAAAUUCAAUGUUGGAGUUCAGAAAGAGUAUGCUUCUGGGGAAGAGAAUGAGUCGCUUGUAACUGACGCAACGUCUGAGGAUAAUUUUUCUUGGACCUCUGUGAUAUUGCCGUUUCUGUUCCCAGCCUUGGGAGGCUUGUUAUUUGGGUAUGACAUUGGUGCCACUUCUAGUGCUACCCUUUCAUUGCAGUCACCUGAGCUUAGUGGAACAACUUGGUUCAACCUUUCAGCCAUUCAGAUUGGACUUGUGGUCAGUGGAUCCCUUUAUGGAGCUCUUCUUGGUUCCAUUCUCGUCUACUCAAUUGCAGAUUUCCUUGGGAGGCGGCGACAACUAAUCAUAGCAGCUGUACUAUAUGCGCUUGGUGGACUGACCACUGCAAAUGCUCCAGGCCUCGGAGUCCUUUUAGCUGGACGGCUGCUCUAUGGCCUGGGUAUUGGCUUGGCCAUGCAUGGAGCUCCUCUUUACAUUGCAGAAACUUGCCCAUCUCAGAUUCGUGGAACUCUAGUAUCUUUAAAGGAGCUCUUCAUAGUUCUGGGUAUUCUGUUGGGUUAUUUUGUUGGAAGCUUUCAAAUUGAUGUAGUCGGAGGGUGGCGUUAUAUGUUUGGAGUCAGUGCACCAGUAGCUUUACUUAUGGGACUAGGCAUGUGGAGUCUUCCUCCAUCUCCACGCUGGUUACUUCUUAGGGCCGUACAAGGUAAAGGGUCUUUACAAGACUACAAAGAGAAAGCCGUUCUUGCGCUGAGCAGAUUAAGAGGCCGGCCUCCUAGUGACAAAUUGUCUGAGAGGCAAAUAGAAGACAAUUUUGUCUCUUUGAAAACUACCUACGCAGAUCAGGAAUCAGAGGGGAGUAUUUUGGAGGUAUUUCAAGGCCCAAGUUUGAAAGCAUUCAUAAUAGGUGGAGGUUUGGUCCUUUUCCAACAGAUAACUGGGCAACCAAGUGUUCUGUAUUAUGCUGGUCCAAUCCUUCAGACUGCUGGAUUCUCUGCGGCCUCUGAUGCUACCCGAGUUUCAGUUGUAAUUGGUGUGUUCAAGUUUCUGAUGACAUCGGUAGCUGUCUUAAAAGUAGAUGAUCUGGGGAGAAGACCCCUGCUAAUUGGAGGUGUCAGCGGAAUUGCUAUUUCUUUAGUUCUCCUUUCUGCUUAUUACAGAUUUCUGGGAGGGUUCCCUCUUGUUGCUGUAGCUGCCCUACUUCUCUAUGUUGGUUGCUACCAGAUAUCAUUUGGGCCAAUCAGCUGGCUUAUGGUGUCAGAGAUAUUCCCACUUCGCACAAGAGGGAGAGGGAUUAGUCUUGCAGUUCUUACUAACUUUGGUUCUAAUGCUAUUGUAACCUUUGCAUUCUCACCAUUGAAGGAAUGGCUAGGAGCGGAAAACCUUUUCCUUCUUUUUGGGGCUAUUGCUUUGUUGUCACUAUUGUUUGUCAUACUUGUUGUCCCAGAAACAAAAGGUUUGAGCUUGGAAGAGAUUGAAUCCAAAGUUUUGAAGUGAAACCUCGUACCAGAUCGAAUAACUAGCUGAGCUUCAAAUGCACCAAGAAUUUUGGUUAUUCUGUGAAAUUGUACCUAGCAUGGCUUGGAAGGUCAUAUGUUUCAACUACAGUGAGUAAUCUGUCUUACCAUUACAAAAAAGAAACCUCAUUAUUGUACAUUAAUGCAGCUAAAGAAAUUGUGACUAUAAGUAAAGACUAAGGGCUUUUCAGCUAAAACACUAAUUAGCUGGUCAUAUAGAGGUCCUCUACCAGAAGAGGUGUAAAAUAAAGUUCAUAUUACUAACCAAUUUGUGAUUCCA